GAAAAAGAAAAAAACGGAAAAAAAGAGCUUAGUAACAUCCGCAAGGAAGAGGUGAAAGAAACAUCUGGCUGCAGUUUCUCGUCAUCUUGAGAUAAAAGAGCGAGAGAGAGAGAGAGUGUGGUUUUCCUCGAUCUGCUUUUGUCUCAUUUACCCCUUCCAUUUUUCUCUAAAUUUCCAUUUCACUCUUCGAAUCCGUCAUUGAGAAUCCUCUUCAGAGAUAUAGGUUUUCGAUGAGAUAGAAAAAGAAAAGAAAAGAAGGAAAAAUAAGAAGAAAAAUGGCAGAGCAGAAGAACAGAUGGAACUGGGAGAUCCCAGGAUUCGAGCCCAGGAAGCUGUCUGAGCACGAAGAUCAGAACCCCCCUCCGUUGCUCCGCAGGUACUCGAUUUCGGCCACGACAGUUGCAUCAGCUGCAUUGCCGCAUUCGGAGCUUUCGAACCAUGCUCUCUCCGCCAAGAUUCAGAAAUUGAAGGAGCAAGUCAAGCAUGCAAGAAAAGAUUACAUGGACCUCAGACAGGAGGCCAGCGAUCUACAAGAGUACUCUAAUGCAAAACUUGAUCGAGUUACACGCUAUCUGGGUGUUCUUGCAGAUAAGGCCCAGAAGCUAGAUCAAGCCGCCCUUGAAACUGAGGCCAGAAUUUCCCCGUUGAUCAAUGAGAAGAAAAGGUUAUUCAAUGACUUGUUGACAGCCAAAGGAAACAUUAAGGUAUAUUGCCGCGUGAGGCCCUUAUUUGAAGAUGAGGGUCCAUCCGUCGUUGAGUUUCCUGAUCACUUCACCAUUCGUGUAAACACCGGUGCUGAUUCUAUAACCAAUCCUAAGAAGGAUUUUGAGUUCGAUAGGGUGUACGGACCGCAUGUUGGACAAGGAGAACUUUUCCAUGAUGUGCAACCAUUUGUACAGUCGGCUCUUGAUGGAUACAACGUGUCUGUGUUUGCAUAUGGACAAACUCGUGCUGGAAAGACACACACCAUGGAAGGCUCUAGUCAUGACCGUGGUUUAUAUGUGAGGAGUUUUGAGGAGCUUUUUGACUUAUCCAACUCAGAUACAACGUCUACUUCCCAAUUUAAUUUUUAUGUCACGGUCUUUGAGCUCUACAAUGAACAGGUUCGAGAUUUGCUCUCCCUGUCUGCAAACAAUCUAUCAAAAGUUCGCCUAGGACCCCCAGAUUCUUUUGUAGAAUUGGUGCAAGAGAGAGUUGAGAAUCCACUCGACUUCUCUAGAGUUGUAAAAGUGGGGCUUCAGAAUCGGGGGACAAACAUUUCAAAAUUCAAUGUCUCUCAUCUGGUCACUACAAUUCAUAUACAUUAUAGCAAUUGGGUCACUCGAGAAAACUUGUAUAGCAAGCUUUCUCUUGUGGACUUAGCUGGAAGUGAAGGUUUGAUUGAGGAAGAUGCUAGUGGGGAGCAUGUUACCGACCUACUUCAUGUGAUGAAAUCGCUAUCUGCUUUGGGAGAUGUUUUAACUUCCUUGAAUUCGAAGAAGGAGAUCGUACCUUAUGAAAACUCAAGGCUUACAAAAAUACUCACGGACUCCCUAGGUGGAAGCUCUAAGACAUUGCUGAUUGUCAAUAUCUGUCCAAAUGCUUUAAACUUAGCAGACACAUUGUCCUCCCUUAAUUUUGCUGCCAGAGCUCGGAAUUCUGAACUUAGUCUUGGAAAUCGAGAUACAAUUAAGAAAUGGAGAGAUGUGGCAAAUGAUUCACGCAAGGAGUUGUACGAGAAAGAGAAGGAGAUCCAUGAUCUAAAGCAAGAGGUUUUGGGACUGAAGCAAGCACUAAAAGAUGGCAAUGAUCAGUGCAUCCUGCUCUUCAAUGAAGUCCAAAAGGCCUGGAAAGUUUCCUUUACACUGCAGGCAGAUUUGAAGUCGGAAAAUAUAAUGCUGGCAGAUAAACAAAAAAUUGAGAAAGAGCAGAAUGCUCAGCUUAGGAAUCAAGUUGCUCAACUUUUGCAACUGGAGCAAGAUCAGAAAAUGCAAAUACAGGAACAGGAUCUGACAAUUCAGGCCCUGCAGGCCAAAGUCAGGAGUGUUGAAUCACAACUUAACGAAGCCAUCCAUUCUAGUGAUGCUAGGUCAACUCUUGGGUCAGAAUCUGGGUCUAAUGGGGUUCUGUCAACGCCCAAGGCAACAGCAGACAGCAAUGAUUCUUCAGCUGUUACAAAAAAACUUGAAGAAGAACUCUCAAAGCGGGAUGCACUUAUUGAGAGGUUGCAUGAAGAAAAUGAGAAGCUAUUUGACAGACUGACAGAGAAAGUUUCGUUAAGCGGAUCACCCCAGAUAUCUAGUCCCUCUGCUAAAGGACUGGUGACUCCUCAUUCUCAAGAGCUGAGCAGGACCGAAAGUACCAAAGGGCAUUCCCCUGAUGUUCUUCCAUUGAUGUCAGCCCCUGAUAAGAAUGAAGGCACAGUAGCUCUAGUGAAGUCAGGUCCUGAGAAAGUAAAGACAACCCCUGCAGGAGAAUAUCUCACUUCUGCACUAACGGAAUUUGAUCCUGAACAAUAUGACAGUCUUGCCACCAUUGCUGAUGGAGCAAACAAGCUGUUGAUGCUGGUUUUGGCUGCAGUCAUUAAAGCAGGUGCUGCACGAGAGCAUGAAAUACUUGCUGAAAUUCGAGAUGCUGUUUUCUCAUUUAUCCGUAAAAUGGAACCUAGGAGGGUAAUGGAUACCAUGCUUGUCUCUCGUGUUAGGAUUCUGUAUAUAAGAUCUUUGCUAGCUAGAUCACCAGAACUUCAAUCCAUCAAGGUUUCUCCAGUUGAACGUUUUCUAGAGAAGACUAAUACAGGCCGUAGUAGAAGUUCCAGCCGUGGUAAUAGCCCUGGCCGUUCUCCAGUACAUUAUGAUCCCAGUGGGAGGAAUGCUCUGGUCGAUGAGCACGUUCAUGGAUUUAAAGUGAAUAUAAAACAAGAAAAGAAGUCCAAAUUUUCGUCAAUUGUCUUGAAACUUCGAGGGAUUGAUCAGGAGAUAUGGAGGCAACAUGUAACUGGUGGAAAGCUCAGGGAGAUAACUGAGGAAGCUAAAAGUUUUGCAGUAGGAAACAAGGCGCUUGCUGCUCUCUUUGUUCAUACUCCAGCUGGUGAGCUGCAACGUCAAAUCAGAUCCUGGCUCGCGGAGAAUUUUGAAUUUCUUUCUGUCACCGGUGGUGAUGCUAUAGGGGGAACAACUGGGCAGUUAGAACUUCUUUCAACUGCAAUCAUGGAUGGAUGGAUGGCUGGUCUUGGUGCAGCACAACCUCCCAGUACAGAUGCUUUAGGCCAGCUUUUGUCUGAGUAUGCUAAGCGGGUUUAUACAUCUCAGUUGCAACACCUGAAGGAUAUUGCAGGCACCUUGGCAACGGAGGAGGCAGAAGACUCGGUGCAAGUAAAUAAGCUGCGUUCUGCUCUUGAGUCUGUUGACCACAAGAGAAGGAAGAUUUUGCAACAAAUGCGAAGUGAUAUUGCCUUGCUGACAAAAGAAGAAGGUGGUUCACCUAUCCGCAAUCCUUCUACUGCAGCUGAAGAUGCACGGCUGGCAUCUCUCAUAUCCCUUGAUGGCAUCUUGAAACAAGUCAAGGAUAUAAUGAGGCAAGUAUCUCAAGACUCACUGACCAAAACCAAGAAGAGAACAUUGCUUGCCUCUCUUGAUGAACUCUCGGAACGGAUGCCUUCACUUCUAGGCAUUGACCAUCCAUGUGCCCAGAGGCAGAUAGCAGAUGCUCGAACUGCAGUAGAGGCUGUUCCUGAAAAAGAGGAUCCUAUGCAAGUGGAAGGGCGAACUCUCCAACAAUCCACAGAUUGGGCAUCUGGUGGGGAGACUGAAGUGGCGCAGUGGAAUGUGCUGCAGUUCAACACAGGUUCGACUACUCCGUUCAUCAUCAAAUGCGGAGCAAACUCCAAUUCUGAGCUGGUCAUCAAAGCAGACACACGAGUGCAGGAACCGAAAGGGGGUGAGAUCAUACGGGUUGUUCCGAGGCCACAUGUCCUUGCCAACAUGAGCUUGGAGGAGAUGAAGCAGGUGUUUAGCCAGCUCCCUGAGGCUCUAAGCUUGUUGGCUCUGGCAAGGACUGCUGAUGGGACACGGGCCCGGUACUCAAGGCUAUACAGGACUUUGGCAAUGAAAGUGCCAUCGCUGCGGGAUGUCAUUGGCGAGCUCGAAAAAGGGGGAGCACUGAAAGAUGUGAGAUCAUGAAUGUAGUGGGUAUUUUGGUAAAUAGCCAUGCAUGUUGUUUUGUAAAACAGGUUUUUUCUUUCUCCAAUGUAUCAGGGGGGUUUGUUGAUAUUGUUUUUCCAAUGUAUCUGUAUUUUGUCUUUACAGGGUUACGUUCCCAUUACUUCAAGGUGAUGCACCCACCCAUUUCAAUGAUGAAUUGACAGAUAUACCCCUUAUGAUUCA